AUGGGAGAGGGGAAGGUGCAGGGCGGCGGCGGGGGUGGCAAUGGCGGUGCCGUGGCGGCGGAGCCGUCCGUAUUCCGGGGGACGGCGUACUCCGCCGUCCGUACGACGGUUGCGCUCGCCAUCUGGCUCGGGUCUAUCCACUUCAACGUCGCGCUGGUUCUGGCGGCGCUCCUCCUCUUCCCCUCUCGCAUCGCCAUCGGGUGCGCAUCAUUCCCUUUUCGUCUGUUUUCCGGUGUUCGAAUCCGUAGCUCUGUUUAUGGCUUUGCUGACAUUUGAUGGUCGUUGGCGGAGCUGUUCAGAGUUUUCGUGGUGCUGCUGAUCUUAAUGACGAUCCCGCUCAACGAUAAGAGCGACUGGGGGAAGAACCUGUCGAGGCACGCUUUUCGUACUCUCCUCGUUCAUCUCUUCUGUUGAAACCGUUAUACUUUCUCCCUUUUCCGUUUUCUGCGUUACUUUAUAAAAUUUUCUUCUGCCUGUUGACGGAACGACAGAUAUAUAUGCAAAUAUGCGAGUGGCUAUUUCCCAGUGACUCUUCAUGUGGAGGAUAUUUCCGCUUUCGAUCCUAACGAAGCUUACGGUGAUUUUCCUUGUAUCAGUGUUUAUUUAUCUGUGCAUUUUGUUGGAUCUUGGCACAACAUCGUGUCUAAUUAUCUCCGAACAAUGCGUGCUGGAAUGUGCUGAUUACAGUAUUUGGUUAUGAGCCACACUCGGUUCUACCUAUUGGCUUGUGCGCUCUCGCGAGUAAUACCGGUUUUAUGCCGUUGCCCAAGGUCAAGGCCCUUGCAAGCAGUGCGGUAUGGCUCUCUUUCUCGCACCCGGUGGACAGCUGGAGUUUGGUUAAUUUAUUUACGCAGAAUGCACCCAUCUCUUUCUCUGAUGUAGAUGUAGAUUUUUUCUCCUGCAAUGGGUUAGGUUUUCUACACGCCUUUUCUUAGGCACAUAUGGACAUGGAUGGGGCUUAUUCCAGCGUCAAGGAAGAGCUUCUAUUCGUACCUGACUGCUGGAUACAGUUGCAUCAUUAUCCCCGGUGGGGUCCAGGAGGUGACUCUGAUGGAGCAUGAUUCGGAGGUAUAAAUUAUAUUUUCUUCAUUGUCUCUUAUGCCGCGAUGUUAUCUGUGAAACGGUCAAGAUGGGUAUGCAAAUAUUAUGCGGAAUGGAAGCGCAUCUGAGUUGUUCUCCUUGAGAUUCCCUCAGAAAUUUCUAUUUGCUUCUCAUCGUCACCUUAACUGAGCCAAUAAAAACCCAUGAUGAUUUCACAUCUGAUCGACUACAUUGGAUCACUAUAAAAAUCGCUCGGACAACCUGCUGACCUUUGCAUUACUUUCUGUGCUGUAGGUCGUCUUUCUCAGAAACAGAAAGGGGUUUGUUCGCAUAGCUAUUGAGCUGGGCCGUCCUAUUGUUCCAGUUUUCUGCUUUGGCCAGGUACACUUCUUAUGAAGAAAAGCUAUAUCGGCCAUUUUUAUCGUAUGAAUUUUUGCAUCUUAGUGUCAUUGCUUUCCUUCACCUUGGCCAUUAGUUUUUUUGAUAAAUUCCAAAAACAUUAUAAUCUUCUUCGACAAAACAAACUUCAGUUUUUGGGAAGUCCAAGGUUUCUUGGGUACGACAGAUCUGUCUGGCGACCUGGUUGCUCUGAUAAUUAUCUUUACUUGAUGGUUUACAUACCAUUUCUGUGUCACAACGACAUAUCUGUCUUUCUGUUCUUUCAUUUCUUUUCACUACGGGACGUUUCGUUUGAACCUUGCGUCUCCAUAUACCAGUCUGAUUAGCAACCCGGAUUUUGGCAUUCUCAUGCCUGCUUGCUUGGUGCUUGAGUAGAUUACUGCAGAUCAUGGAUGAGGAUAACUAUAUUCGAGAACGGACUGAUCUGGUGCAGCUGGGUUUCAUCCGAACCCUGCCAGUUGGUUAAACAUUUCUUGUUUCCUGGAUUAGCGUUUCGGUAGAGUCAUCGUUUUGACUGGUGUGGGCAAACCACUUCUGUUUCGGCACGUAGAACUGUUCGACAUACCUAGGGGAUACUCUGGAUUUAUCGCAUCAUAAAUUCCAGCAUAAAUUGGCUGAACGACUACGCCGUACCGUUUUCUUCAUCAACACAAAUCAUCUUAUUUGAUUUUUGUUGUUUCUCAUGAGCCAAUACAUUCCCCCUUUCUCAUUCUCGUGAAGUGGAGCUGUUGUUCUUUUGGGUGUCCAUCAUUCAGCAGUUUUUUGCUUAGUAUCCAUCAUUAAUCUUAAUAUGUAACCAGAUGACCCAGUUUUUCUUCUUUUCUCCCCCUCUUCCUUGUGCAGAGUAAAGUGUACAAGUGGUGGAAGCCCAGUGGGAAGCUGUUCUUGCAAAUUGCUAGGGUGAUAAGGUUCUAUCCAACAGUAUUCUGGGGCAUCUACGGGUAUGACUUCCUCUUCUUCUUCUUCUUCUUCUUCUUCUUCUUCUUCUUCAAUCACUGGAAUCAGUCCAUUACACUCUCCGCAAGGAGAAAAAGAAAACUAUCCAGAGUUUGCCUCUAUCUUUUUGGUGAUUCUGUUUUUUCUGUUUUCAUUUCAGAACACCCAUUCCUUUCCAGCGUCCCAUGCAUGUGGUGGUCGGAAGGCCCAUUCUGGUUGAAAAGAGCCCUCAGCCAUCUGUGGAAGAGGUCAGAGAAACGCCCAACCCCAAUCAUCCCCCUCCCCUCAUUCAUCCGGAAUCGAGAAUCCGUUUCCUUCGUUUGCGAGAGAAGUCAUUCAUUUACUGACUGUGCCGCCCAUUGCAGGUGGAUGUCAUUCAUCAGCAAUUCAUUGCGGCCCUUGAAGAGCUAUUUGGAAAGCACAAAGGCAAAGCCGGGUACCCAGAUCUCAGCCUGAGGAUCUACUGA